AUGGAAGUCAACCCACCAGAACUCAAACGCGAUGGAACUAUGCAAGUCACAGCACAGGAGGGAGCUGAAUUCUUGAAGAGGUCGGGUAGAGAGGAUCUUAUCCCAGAAGUAGAUGGUGAGGGGGAUGCCAGACCGGAGGUUAAACGAGAUACCACAAUGGAAGCCACACUAAAGGAAGGUGAGGCAUUCCUAGAAUCUACUGGCAAGCCCGAUGAAAUGGCCAGGACGAGAGGGGAGCAGGAGCAGAUUGAUGAUGCCAUCUCUGCCAGUGAGCCCCCAGCAGUCCCCAGAGAUAACACCAUGCAAGUCACGGCGAAGGAGGGUAAGGAGCUUUUGGGAGAUGAACCUAUUGGAUCAACGCGAGCAGAGACAGAAGCUCUCAAAGAAGUAGCAGAUGAUGCAGAGGUAGUAGAGGGUGACGAGGAUGAUGAAGAUGACGACGACGAAGGCGAUGAUGAUGAGGAGAACGGUGAUGAGGAGGAGGGAGAAGAUGAAGAACAGAAAAACCUCAAACGAACAAUCACAAUGACAGAGACACUUGCUGAGGGUGAAGAGUUCCUCAAGAGGCAGAAGACGAACGGAGAUGCGACGGAAGAGGCACCGCAGGCGGAGGCUGCAUCUUGAAGGGCGCCCUCUACACCCAACGAUCCGGUACCUCAGUCACAUUAUGGCCUUCAUUGUAUAUUCCAUGGCCAAGAAGCUAUCACGAGGUUACACACACAUUUGUACAGUCUAUUAUAAAGAAAUCAAGAAACAAGAAAACGUAGUGUAGUUUCUUGCCUUCGGUUCACUAACAAAUAUAACAACAAAAAAAUGACUCAGAUGUUUUAGAUGUACUGUAUUUGUAGACAUUGUUCGUUUUACGUGUUUGAUGAAUUUUUUUACUUGUAAUUUGUAUAUUUUUUCACUAGAGUGGAAUUUGCAAGCUUUCUAGUUCAUGGUAGUAUUUUUCAACUGAAACUUUUUUGAUUUGCCUAAUUAUCCAUGUAACAUAUGCAUCGUUGAAUAUGAAGUGGUAUGUUGACCUAUGGUAAUUUAUAUUUAUCAUGAUUUUUUAAUGAAUUCAAACUGCUUGUGGUAGUUUGACAUUUGAUUCUUUUAUUGUCUUUAAUAAGUUUAGACAAAUAUGUCGUCUUGCUAGAUGCAAGAUGUUGUCCCGCUUCACAUGAUAUGAUUUUCAAAGAAAUCCCCUGUCCUUGUUUGUACUUUUAUCUAUUCAAAGGCUUUGUAAAUGAGCUCCGCUUUGUAGAUGAGCGCUGGUCGAUCAUUGUGUUAUGGAAUCGGAAUAUUUAUCCAUGUACAAAUAUAAAGGGAAAAAUAAUUGCAUGCCGGAUGUAUAUGUGCAUAGUGUUCGUAAACCAUGUCGACUGCAAAACUAUGAAGGGUGUUGUAAAUUAGCAAAUCAAACUUUAAAUCAACUCAUUUUUUACUAUCUCCAUCAUCAUCUCACUGUAUUUAUUCUCAGAAAGAUUAUGGAAUCAUCAGGACACAGAUUUAUGAAUAAAAAUGCUGCAUUUUCAACUGAUGUUGUUUUAAAACAGUAGAAUUUUCACUCUCCAACUCACUUCCUAUUUAAUUAUAAAUGUGAUUAUGUUAGUUUGCAUUACGGCAAUCCACUGUAUACAUGUAUAUUCUUCCCCUGUGGCAUGAAAGCGAACUUUGUGUUGAUGCAUGCAUUUUUCCAUUGCUAUCAGUAUUCAUGGAAAAAAAUGCUCUAAAUGUACAAAUUCAUCCAUAUAUUAAAAAAAAGUGCUCAUAUUAUCCAGUAUUGUUUACAAUAUAUUGUUUGUUUUUAAUCGCUACCUUGAAAGUAAAGAUACACCAAAAUAUUCAGGUUUGGCGCAUUAUGCAAUUCAAAUCUAUAAAGAAAACUGCAUUUCAUAAAUGAUGCUUAGGUCUCUAUCUUGGUCAAUUGUUAUCUACCUUGUCCUAUCCAGUUUGCAAUUUUGUACCUUUUUUGUAGGUAAACAUUUUAACUGUUGUAGAUUUUCCUGAAAUAUUAUCAAACUAGAAAUUUACCUACAUAAAUUAUGAAAUGAGUCUGAGCUAUUUAGCUGAAGGUGUUUUAUUGCAGUAUUUGUUUUUGCAAAUGCCUUGAGAGAGAGAGUGAAUGAAUGUUGGAACCUUUUUUUAUCUUAUAUCUGUAAAAUUGUAUGCAUCAUUGUAAUAUAUUACUUGCCAAAGGUUUCUGUGAAAUGAAAGUUGCUUUAUUAUGCAUCGUUUAUGAGAGAAAGGUGACUAGUUAACAAUGAAAUUGACUACUAUAUGAUAUAGUAAUAACGAGAGAGUCGAUUGGGACUAGUCAUUGUAGCGCAGAGAUUGACCAACAGGUGUGAGAGAGUCUGGUAAAUGUAUUGUAAUUUGUUUAUUUAGCCGCUUUUUUAUAACCCAUCAGGUAGUUAAACUAUGUAUUCUGACUUAAUUUAUUGAUAAAUAAUUUGUACUAUAUGUUCUGCAAAAAGAUCCAAAUGCCUUUCAUGUUAUUAUUAUAUAUCAAAGAAUUACAUGUUCUCUUUUGUAAAGCCAUAUUGGCGUAUGUGAUAUAAGAAGUAGGGCAAGGUAGACGAAUUGACCAAGAAACAGUAGAGCGUCCUUCAAUAUUAACUUAUUCUGGAUUAUUUUGUACAUUCUCAUACACUUUCAUGUUUUGUUGUCUUGUGAUAUAUUUCAAUGUUAAUUCUGCCCUUGGAUUCCAUUCAAAACAAUAUGUUCAUAUUCCAGUUAGUGUUAUCAAUGCUUCGUCAGAAAUUGUAGUUGUAAAACUUUGUAAAAAGAAGAAAAAAAAGUUAGUUCUGCACUAUUUCUUACAUGGAUUGUUAAAUGCUUUCAAUUUGUUCUUUGGUAACUUUCCAAUUAUUGUUUAUCUCGGUCACAAGGUUUGUGUACGGCAAAUCUGAAGAUAUUGUAAAUUGGAUGAGUACAGAAUUCAUAAACGCGACGGUGAUAGUAAAAUAAAUGCUAACAAAUUUUGAUGGUAUUAGGCA